AAUCAUUUAUACCACCGAACAGGGGUCUUGCAGCGGCAAUGGACCAGAAUAGUGUGGAACUGCAGGCAGAAAAAAUUCUUGAACUUCUCAAGGAAAAACAUGUGUCAACAAUUGUUCUCUCUGGGAAAUCAGGAAGUGGGAAAACGUGGAUGGCAAGAAAAGUUGGUCUGCUGGCAGUCAAAAAGAAAGUAGUUGACAUUACACUUUGGAUUUCUCUGAGUAUUAGGCAUGAUGAGACGUCUCUUUAUGAGCAUAUUGCUCAUCAGUUAUCUCUACUUUCCACUUCUGUGGAGCUGGAAAAUUAUGAUAUCCAAGAGGUAGAGAAUAAUGUUGGUAAGGAGGAAACCUUGGAGAGCUUGAAAGAAAAGGUACGCGCAAGACUUUCAACUGAUAAUGUUCUUCAGGGGGUUCUUGUAAUUUUGGAUGAUGAAGGAAACAAAAUGAGGGAAGGGGAUGAAGGCUUAGAACAAGUCCUUCACUCUAUCCAGCAGAAUUCCCACAACCAUUCAACAACAGCUGCUGAUGGAGAUGGACAGCAAAAACUUAAGGUGCUGAUAACUUCUAGAAAUGAAGAUGGAAGGCACCAAACCCAGGGAGGUACGGAAGUGGUUGAAAUGAUGCCUCUAACUCCAGAAAUCUCAAUUUUGUGGUUAAAGCAAGGAGCUGUGGCAAAAGUCUUUGAAAUUCCAGGUGUAGAAAGUGUAGUUGCAAAGUUCAUCAAUACAAAAACAGAUCUUGCACCUGGUGAAGUAUCCUUGCUAGCAAAACUAUUAAGUUACCAUCAACAAGUUUCUGAACUGCAGGGUCUGGAACACACGUUGGAAGAAGCAUGGUAUGGUGAUAACUACAACUGCACCCAGCUGCUCUUAAGUGGAUAUGAAAAGGUGUCAGAUGGUAUUUUAGUUGACUUUUCUUGGCAGGGCAGCCAUUUUUUCCGUGAUAAUGGAUCUGUUCACUACAAUGAGUUGAUAUCAUACUGGAUGCUUGAAGGAUAUCUUGGUCCUGUUAAUAGUCUUGAGGAGGCUUAUAAGGAGGGGCACCGCAUUUUGAUGCAGCUCAUGGACUGUCAAAUGUUGAAAGAAGUGAAUGAUGAUUUCAUCCACAUGGUGAGAGUAACUGGAGAUGUUUCUUAUCGUCAUCGUCGUGGUUAUGGAGGAACAGCUAAUCUGGGUUGGCUAAUGUGCUUGUUAAAAGUAAUGAUUGGCAGGGUAUUGGAAAACUCACAAAGGUGGAUGGUAUGAUCAGAACACUUGGCAGUUAUAAAAGAGUGCAGCAACCAUUAACACUUUUACUAGAUGGCAACUGUCUCAGCAGGGAAAACCCAAAUAAUCUCUUACUCAGCAAUCAGGAGCUGCAAAUUCUGGGUCUUUUCAGUCUCGAAAUUGUAUCCUUACCUCAUUCUUUCAACAACUUCAAAAAACUGAAUGUUCUUGUGCUCAGGGACUGUGAUUUCUUAGAAAAGAUCGAUGACAUUCGAGAACUAAUGACAUUAACUGUCCUUGAAGUAUCUGGUUCUGGCUUGGUGAAAAGUAUGCCAAAAAACUUUUUUCAGCACCUGAAGAAACUUCGUAGCCUCCACUUCUCCGACUUUCAGAUUGAAGUCAUGCCUGAUUCUUUUUAUCACCUUACAGAACUCAGCUGGCUCAUUCUAAAAAGGUUUUCUCAUUUAACAAAGUUGCAGAGCCUGAAAGAGUGUCAAAACCUUAUGGUUAUUGAUCUUUCUGGUGCUGCCUCCUUGCCAACUUUUCCAGAAAAGAACUUGAAAUCAUUGCCGAAACUUCAAACAUUAAAUCUUUCCAACUCCAAGAUCAAAUCUUUGCCUAUUUUUCAUGAAACUGGAGAGCUUACUCAUCUAUCAGUUAGCAGUUGUAGCAACAUGGAUAGAGUGCCCAGCAUUCGGUCUCUAACUAAUCUGCAAGUUCUUGAUCUUUCAUGGUCAACCAUAGUGGAGUUCCAGGACAAGUCAUUUCAAAAUAAUACAAGUCUGAAGAUCCUUGAUUUAUCUGGAACUGCUAUUCCUUCAUUACCUUUUAACAUUGGUAAACCUCGUGAGUUCUAUUUGAAAAAUUGCUCUGAGAUAAAAUACAUGAAUUGUGUUGAAUCUUCAGAAGAACUAGAGAUACUUGAUUUUUCAGGUGCGUGUAAUCUUGUGAAAAUUGAAGGAAAGUUCUUUGAAUGUUUAGAAAAUCUCCGAGUUCUCAACCUGUCAGGAACAAAAGUCAAAGAUCUACCAUCCCUUUCUGCUCUCCACAACCUCUGUCAGCUGUUACUUUCAUGUUGUCUGAAUCUGGAGAAGUUGCCAAGGUUGGCUUCAAGCAAACUGGAAGAGCUUGAUCUAUCUGACUGUAAGGCAAUGACAAUGAUAGAAGAUAAAUCUUUUGAGCAUCUACCUCGCCUUCGUCGGCUUGUCCUCUCUCAAACAAAGAUUGUACACUUACCAGAACUCAACUCCCUCUCAAAUCUUGAGGAGCUAAAUUUGAGUGGUGUUAAAUCAUUUACCGGAGCUGAUUUCAUAGAGCACAUGAGCAAACUUCAGGUUCUAAACCUCUCCGAGACCUUGCUUAAAGAGCUACCGCCCUUAACGAAUCUCAAAAGCCUUAAGCAUCUGUUUUUGAGGGGCUGUGGACAAUUAGAGGUUCUCCCUCUCUUGGAAGUACUUCACAACCUUGAGACUCUUGAUCUUUCUCAAACAGCACUGAGGCAACUGCCGUUUGUAGGAAGUUUGAGUAACCUGCAUAAACUGUUGCUCAGAGACUGUUCAAAAUUGGAAAACUUUAAAAACCACAAGCUGCUUGACAUGUCUGGAGUUGAAAAUCUCCCUUGUGGAAUCCCGAGAUUGACACAGCUGCAACAUCUUGCUUUACCCAGUAUGAAGGAAGACAUCCAAGCAGCUGACACUAAUGAGGGGACAUGCUCUUCCACAAGGAUGAAUUGGUUUUUAGAGAUGUCUAUCUAUUAACUAGGCAUUGCUCUAAAUCUCAAGGGCGGUUAGUGGAGAUUCAUCAUCUGAGUGCUUUUUCCGAGGGCAUUGAGGCUGUACUUCAUAAUGCUGAGUAUAUAUUCUUGUUUGAUAGUUUGUUUUUCAAAUCAUUUUCUGAUUUAGGUGCUGGCAACAUCAAGACGUUGAAAGGUUGUUGGAUUGAGGGAUGUGAAAAUAUGGAGUUCGUUAUAGAGAUGAAUGACUUAGUAGACAGUAGCGA